AUGGAGUUUAGAUUCGGUGGGCGCAGUGUUAAAUAUCUGUUUAUGCUUUUCAGCUUCCCAUCACCAAUGUUUCUUGGAAUUGGACAGAUGGCAGCCACUAUACUUAUCUUGUAUGUGUCAAAAUUAAAUAAGAUUGUUCACUUCCCUGAUUUUGACAAAAGUAUACCUGUGAAGUUGUUUCCUCUGCCUCUGAUUUAUGUUGGAAACCACAUAAGUGGAUUAUCAAGUACCGGCAAACUCAGUUUGCCGAUGUUUACAGUGCUCAGGAAGUUUACCAUUCCACUUACUUUACUGCUGGAAAUCUUCAUACUUGGGAAACGAUACCCACUGAGUAUUAUAGUCAGCGUAUUUGCCAUCAUUCUUGGAGCUUUCGUAGCAGCUGGGUCUGAUCUGUCUUUUAAUCUGGAGGGCUACACGUUUGUAUUGCUAAAUGAUAUCUUCACAGCAGCAAAUGGAGUUUACACAAAGCAGAAAAUCGAUCCAAAGGAGUUGGGAAAAUAUGGUGUCCUUUUCUAUAAUGCUUGUUUCAUGGUGAUUCCAACAAUUAUUAUUAGCUUUUCUACUGGAGACUUUCAGCAGGCAACACAUUUCCAACACUGGACAAAUUUUUUAUUUGUCUUUCAGUUUCUUCUUUCCUGCUUCUUGGGGUUUCUCUUGAUGUAUUCUACUGUUCUAUGCAGUCAUUACAAUUCUGCACUUACAACGUCAGUAGUUGGUGCCAUCAAGAAUAUAUCCAUUGCUUACAUCGGAAUGUUGAUUGGUGGAGAUUACAUAUUCUCCGUGUUAAACUUUAUAGGGCUAAAUAUUUGUAUGGCAGGAGGACUGAGAUACUCAUUUUUAACCUUAAGAGGAAACAGCAAGCCUACGCAACCUGAGGAUGAAGAGAAUGCAUUUGCGACGUCAAAGAGUUAG